AAAUGCACUUCUCACUGGCUGGCGUAGUGACAUGUGCGCUGACCUGUCUUCUAACGUCGUCGUUGGUGGAGGCGGCGCCCAUCGACGGAUGCAGGCCUGAGUUCUUCGAACAGCUUCCUCUGCGCACGCAGAAAAUGUGCACCAAAAUAUUGGCGCUCAAAGAAGUCCAGCGAGCCAUGGAAGAUUAUCUAGAGGACGAAUUGCAGGGACAGAUCGGGUUCAGUGACAACGGUGCGAAGCGGCAAGACAUGGACCACGUGUUCCUGCGGUUCGGCCGGGCGGCCGUGUAGUGGCCGCCGCAACGCCAUCCGUCGCCCCCAGAGGCGACUUCAGCGCGUCGCCCCGGCCGGCGGCGACACCGAGAGGCGCGUCGCAAUCGGAUCAGGCGCACCGUAAUGCGCGUCGCCGUGCGUCGCGCGCCCGCGCCAGGGCCGGGGGUGACGCGCGCGCGCUGUUUUUCGGGGCUGGCAGCGGCGUCGGGGGACCAGUGGGCGGCGCUGCUGUGCAGAGAAGCCGUAGCAUCCCGACCGGACAAGCCGCGCCGCCGCGUCGCCGCUCGCCGCAAAUGGCUUGGAUGUCUAACAUUUAGGAUGCGUGCUCGAACAACUUCAUUUGAGUUCUUGCACGCUUUGAAGGGGCUGUUUGACGGCUGGAUCAUGACAGCAGAUUGCGAGGUGCGGUGGAUGGAGUACGUGCUGUUGCAGCGCUUCCUUCGUCACGGUCGCACAUAGCCAAAUAUCGUUUCCCCUGUGGAGCCGCACGAUCUCAGCAUCACGUAGUGAGUAGAUUUACCUGUACGCAUGACAGCGACAUAU